CCCAGCUCGUAUCUGUGUAUGGUACCACAGCUACAAUAAUCACCCGCCGUUAAGUCGGUGAAUGUCCGCCGAACCGGCCCGGAGCUGGAACGUCUGACUAAGGCGGCCCGGGCGAUAGAGCCGGAGGAGCGGACAGUCUGCGGAGCGGGCCCGCAGGAGCACAGCUGUGCCGGAACUGAGCUUCUCUGUCGGUGAGAUGAUAGCGGAGUUCCGUGGAGAACACCGGCCAGUCCUCUAAUCGAGACCCAACACCCGCUACCGAUCAGAGUCCACCCGCAGCUCCGGUAGCGGUGAGCCGUCAGCCCGCUGAUGGAGGAGGCUAACCGCUGCUAGCAUUUGCAGACAGGCUACCAGCGGCGUCCCGGAUCUGGCGGAGCGGGGAGCCAUGCCCUCCUCACUGUGAGCGGAGCUACACCCAACAGUUAGCUGCUAGCCGCCGAGCUAACGGUUAGCCACGGAGCGCCUGGCCGCCGCUAGCUCUUCGCAUAGCGGCCGAGGAUGGUCGCAGUGACGGUGGCUGCCCCGGAGGAUCGUCCUGGAUGUUCUGAGGCUUCCGGCUUCAUCCGCCUCGCUGGCCAGUGACAGCCCGGCACAGCUUUGAUGUAAACCGGCGAACCGUGCUCGUGUGUUGGACUGCAGCCUCAGAACCGUGGCUGUAGCCAUGCAGGCGGCGCAGGCGCAGUACGACUUCUUCAACGAGGAAAACGGCGCAAAGUGGAGAGGCCUGCUGGUCCCGGCCCUGGAGAAGGUUCUGAACCAGGUGCAUCCCAACCUUAAGUCCCACCAGGAGGCACUGCAGUACAUCGAGGAGCUGAUCCUGAACCUACUGAGCAUGCUCUGUCAAGCGCAGCCACGCACGGUGCAGGACGUGGAGGAACGGGUUCAGAAGAGUUUUCCUCAUCCGAUCGAUAAGUGGGCGAUCGCCGAUGCACAGGGUGCCAUCGAAAAGAGGAAGAGGAGGAACCCGUUGGCUCUGCCGGUGGAGAAGAUUCACCCCCUGCUGAAGGAGGUUCUGGGCUAUAAGAUCGACCAUCAGGUGUCGGUGUACAUGGUCGCCGUGUUGGAGUACAUCUCUGCAGACAUCCUGAAACUGGCAGGAAACUACGUGAGGAACAUCCGACAUUAUGACAUCACCAAGCAGGACAUCACUGUGGCAAUGUGCGCCGACAAGGUGUUGAUGGAUAUGUUCCAUCAAGAAGAAGAUGACAUCAGCGGCUUCCCUCUGAUGGACGAGGAGCCAUCAGCCAAUGAGGAGCAGAGUUACUACGAGCUGGUGAGGAGCUUCAUGGCUGAUGGUCGACAAUACCUGAGGCAGCUCUACCUGCUCAUUAAGGUGUUCAGGGAGCCCUUCACCUCCAGCCACAUGCUCUUCUCCCAGCACGACGUGGACAGCAUCUUCAGUCGGAUCGUGGACAUCCACGAGGUGACGGUGAAGCUGUUGGGUCUGAUCGAAGACACGGUGGAGAUGACAGAUGAAGGAAGCCCUCAUCCUCUGGUGGGGAGCUGCUUCGAGGACCUGGCUGAGGAGUUGGCCUUUGAUCCCUACGAGACAUAUGCCCAGGACAUCCUGCGCUCUGGCUUCCACGAACAUUUCCUGAGUCAGGUUUCCAAACCAGGAGCUUCAUUCCACCUGCAGUCCAUCUGUGAAGGUUUUAAAGAAGCUGUGAAGUAUGUUCUACCCCGACUGCUGCUGUCCCCUGUUUACCACUGCCUGCACCUGUUUGACAUCCUCAAGCAACUGGAAGAGAAGAGUCAGGAUGAGGAGGAUAAAGACUGUCUGAAGCAGGCGAUCACAGCUCUGCUGAACCUGCAGAGCAGCAUGGAGAGGAUCUGCUCCAGGAGCCUGGCCAAGAGGAGGCUCAGCGAGUCGGCGUGCCGUUUCUACAGCCACCAGAUGAAGGGGAAGCACCUGGCCAUCAGGAAGAUGAACGAGAUCCAGAAGAACAUCGACGGCUGGGAGGGGAAGGACAUCGGCCAGUGCUGCAACGAGUUCAUCAUGGAGGGCACACUGACCCGGGUGGGCGCCAAACACGAACGCCACAUCUUCCUGUUCGACGGCCUUAUGAUCUGCUGCAAGUCCAACCAUGGCCCGCCCCGGCUGCCCGGUGCUGGCUCCGCCGCCGAGUACCGCCUCAAGGAAAAGUUCUUCAUGCGCAAAGUUCAGAUCAACGACAAGGACGACAAGGAGGGUGAGUACCGGCACGCCUUCGAGAUCAUCCUGAAGGACGGGAACAGCGUGGUGUUCGCCGCCAAGUCGGCGGAGGAGAAGAAUGGCUGGAUGGCUGCGCUGAUCUCGCUGCAGUACCGCAGCACGCUGGAGCGCCUGCUGGAUUCGGCCCUGGAGGAGGAGAAGGAGGAGCAGAUGAGGCUGCCGGGACCCGAGGAGUACCGCUUUGCCGAGCCCGACUCCGAAGAGAACGUGGUGUUUGAGGAGAACGUCCAGUCCAAGUCCGGGAUCCCCAUUGUCAAAGCCGGGACGGUUCUGAAACUGAUCGAGAGACUCACCUUCCACAUGUACGCAGAUCCCAACUUUGUGCGGACCUUUCUGACCACCUACAGAUCCUUCUGCAAACCUCAGGAGCUGCUGGACCUGCUCAUCGAGAGGUUUGAGAUCCCGGAGCCGAGGAUGACUGACACGGAUCAGAUGGAGGGCGGAGAGCCACUGCUCAGCGCUGAGCUCAAACGCUUCCGUAAAGAGUUCGUUCAGCCAGUUCAGCUCAGAGUUCUGAAUGUGUGUCGUCACUGGGUGGAGCAUCACUUUUACGACUUUGAGAGAGACGCUGGCCUGUUGACACAACUGGAGGAGUUCAUAGCUUCAGUCAGAGGUAAAACCAUGAAAAAGUGGGUGGAGUCAAUCACUAAGAUCAUCCAGAGGAAGAAGCAGGUUCAGGUGAGCCCGCCCAGCCACAGCAUCACCUUCCAGAACUCUCCGCCUCCCAUCGAGUGGCACAUCUGUAAACCAGGAAACGUGGAUCAGUUUGACCUCAUGACGCUGCACCCAAUUGAGAUCGCGCGCCAGCUCACCCUGCUGGAGUCAGAGUUUUACAGGGCGGUGCAGCCGUCGGAGUUGGUCGGCAGCGUCUGGACCAAAGAAGACAAAGAGAUUCACUCUCCCAACCUGCUGAGGAUGAUCCGACACACCACCAACCUCACCCUGUGGCUGGAGAAGUGUAUUGUAGAAACGGAGAACUUGGAGGAGCGAGUUGCCGUUAUUUCUCGGAUUAUCGAGAUCUUGCAGGUUUUCCAGGAACUCAACAACUUCAACGGUGUUCUGGAAGUGGUCAGUGCCAUGAACUCUUCACCUGUCUACAGACUGGACCACACCUUUGAGCAAAUUCCGAGUCGACAGAGAAAAAUCCUGGAAGAUGCUCACGAGCUGAGUGAAGAUCACUACAAGAAGUAUUUAGCUAAACUGCGCUCCAUCAACCCCCCCUGUGUUCCGUUCUUUGGAAUCUACCUGACCAACAUCCUGAAGACGGAGGAGGGAAACCCCGACAUCCUGCGCCGACAUGGCAAAGACCUGAUCAACUUCAGCAAGAGACGGAAGGUUGCCGAGAUCACCGGAGAGAUCCAACAGUACCAGAACCAGCCGUACUGCCUGAGGGUGGAGAAUGACAUCAGGAAGUUCUUUGAAAACCUGAACCCAAUGGAGAACUUGUCAGAAAAGGACUUUGCUGAUUACCUGUUCAACAAAUCUUUGGAGAUUGAGCCGCGACACACCCGAUCCUUACCUCGAUUUGGGAAGAAGUACAACUGUCCUCUGAAGUCUCCAGGGAUUCGGCCCACCUCAGCAAGGCCUGGCACCAUGCGACAUCCAACACCUCUACAGAACGAACCCAGGAAAAUCAGCUACAGCCGCAUCCCCGACAAUGAGGCCGAAGGGGCAGCAAUGUCUGCCCCCAACUCCCCCCAUACCCCCCUCACCCCGCCCCCUGCCUCGGCCGCUUCCAGCUCUACAGAUGUAGGCAGCGUGUUCGACUCGCCUCAGGGUCCCAGCAGCCCCUUCCACUCAACCUGCGACAGCAUCUUUGCUGUUGUCUCUCUGCCUCAUGGCCCACGGUCGUCCUCGGUCUCCUCCAUGAUCAGUUUCAGUCGGGGUUCAGAAGACGCUCCGGUUCCUCCACCCGUUCCUCCUCGCAGACGACCAGAGUCGGCUCCCUCAGAGUCGUCCCCCUCCAAGAUGAUGUCACAGUCAGACGACCCGCCCGCCGUCCCUCCUCGCCAGCCGACCUGUAAGCUCCUCCCCCCUCGUUACUCUUCCUCGUUGUCCUCAUCGUCCCCACCAGACAGCCCCCCCUUACUGCCUCCUCGGGAGCCCCUCAACUCUCCCAUUCACCUCCUGCCCCCCCCUCAGGGUCGCCCCCGCUGCGACCUGCUGCCUCAGGCCUUCUUCCCUUCUACCUCCUCUUCCUCAUCCAUGUGCUCUGCCUCCACAGCGUUGUCCUCCUCUCCACCCCUUCCUCCCCCUGCCCCCAUCUCCACCACCCCCACCUCAAGGAAAAUGCCUCCCCCCUCCCCACCCCUCCUCCCCCCCGUGGAUGGCCCCCCAGUUCCCCCGCGUCACAGUGUCCCCAAACUCCCCCCAAAAACCUACAAGAGGGAGUCUCUGGGACACGCCCCCCUGCUGGAUACACCCCCUGCACUGUGAUUGGACAGAGUUGACCUCAGGAACAGCAGAUGUUUUCAGCCUGCAGUGGAGGUGGAGCUUAAGGACCUAACACUACAGCUGAUUGGCUCAGAAAAAAACUUUUGUCUUGGCCAAUCUGAAUAUCCUGACCCGGUCCGAACUCAUAUAAAUCUUGUGCUCUUAGACUCUGAUUGUGGCCUCGUCUGUUCAGUUGUUUUCAUUUCCGCUUCAUGUGUGCGAGCCCGGACCUGAUCAGACCCAACUGCACCACAUCAGACCCAUCAAACCAGACCAAACUUAACUGGACCUGAUCAGACCCGGUCAUACCUGAUUGGACCCAUUUGGACCUCAUAUUGAAUAGAACUUGUACAGAGAGCUUAUGGAUAAUGUAGUUAUCCACAGACUGAAAAGGUGUUGGUGUGUCAGGAACCUUCAGGUACUGGACCAGAACCUUAGAGGUACUGUAGUGGUUCUGGUGGACCUGAUAUUGUCUGUGUUAUUGUUAAUGAAGAUGUAAACAAGCGUAAAUAUGGCCUUCUUUAAAAAACAAGGGAAUAAAGUGUUUCUACCACAGA